GAGAGAAGAUAGUAAGGAGAGAGAAAGAGAGAGAAGAGAAAAAGGAGAGAGAAGAAGUGCUCUGGCUCCCCUGCUCCUAUCCCAAACAGGUCAAGGCCCCAGCUGAGGCUCCUUCAAGACAAGCAAGGUAUGUGUUGGGGAAAGGACGGACUGGGCAGUGUCAGCUGCCAAGUGAAGCUGGCCUAAGGGUAGGAGGGCUGGGCAGCCCCUAAGCUCCUUCCCAGCCCACCCCUUGGAAGGCAACCAGGUAGAAAUGUGGAGGGCAGUGGAAGGAUUCCUGGAGCCAGCAUUACAUGAGGGGUGUUCUAUUGCUGCUCUCGCCUUGCUGUGUGAAUUUGCAACAAGCUCUUAUUUCCCAUUGCUUGAUCUCAAUUUUUCAAUCUAAAAUUGGAGGGGUUGGGGAUAACUUUGCAAAUUGUCAUCUUUUUCAAAGAAAAUUAGCCCUUCCAGGCCCUCUGGAAAACCAGACCUUUAAAUCCCAAGGGAAUGCCUCCCACUGGUGGAAUUCCAGAUAGUAGGGGGAGGGGGCUCAUUUGGAGAGAUGGGGAGUCCCUCCAUUUCAGGAAACCUGGGAGCCAGUCCAUGCAUCUUUCCUUGUUUCUCUGGCUGGGACGUGGAGCGAAAAUGUCAUGGGAGUGGGGUUCUUUAGCCACUUUCCAGAGUCCCUCUCAUUAAGGACAGGGUGGUGAAUGCAGGGUGAAGACACCUCUCUGCCACUCCAAGAUCACAAAAGGCAUGAAUGGGCAGUGGGAACAGUGGCAGGCACAUGGUUGUCCCCAAGGAAAUAAGGGAGGGGCCACUCAAACCCUUUUAUUAACGGUGGCUGCCUACCAAAGCCUUCUGUAAAGCCAUUGGCCAGGGUGCUGGGGGCAGGGAGCACAGUGCUGGAGCUGCUCUUCUCUCACAUUGCUCUUAGAGAGAGACUGUUCCAGAUUGUUCCCUGGCUGAGGAGGAGCUAGCACAGACCAAUUCUAAAACCUGGGUGAAGUCACUCUGGGUGGGGAGGCAGUUGGGUCAAGCACAGCUUUAGGAGUCAGAUCAGCCUGUGUUCAAAUCCUGGCUCUGCUGUGAGUCUUGGAGCCUGUGCAAGCUGUAGUCGCCUCCCGUGUGAAGUGUGUACCCACAGUCCUUACAGGGUCACGGUGGGAGGCAGGCCACGUAGUAGAGCUGUGCAAGUAGAGCUGAGCACUUUAGCAUCUACUAGCUGCCCACUAUGGCUCUCAUCAUGGAGCUGAACGUGGUGGUCCACAGAAGGAAAAGCGCUGGGCUGAGGUCACAAACUAGACCCUACAGUGAGUCAGAGUACCCUCUUCUCAGCCCUUUUGUAAACACCGAGCACCUACUUAGAACUCUGCAGGCGGCGCCAGCCCUGCUAUUACUCUCCUCUGCGCACUUCUGCACGGCCAGCAAUGCCUCAUGUCUGGGCUGGAGUGAGGGGUGGUGAAUCCCCAGGCCCAGGGAGGGGAGGUCCUCUUUGGGGUGGUGUCGGGGCCCAGAUGAGCAUCUGGGAGGCAUUUGUCCUCCUUUUCCCUUGGGAAAGGGCAGAGAUCCGAGCAGAUCAGGGCUGCGAGUUUGGGGCUGACCGCGGUGGGCACGGAGAACCCUGCUGGGUCUCCUGCCAAGGCGGGAGGGUGGCAGCCGACAGCGCGAGAAGCCCCUUCCUUCCCGCCACCGACUAACGGGGCGCGGGGGCCGGAGUGGGGGCGCCCUCUGGCCCUCACCCCGCCCCCGCGCCUCUCCCCGCAGCGGGGGCGCCCCGCCCCCCGGGCGCCCGACGUGGACGCGGCCGCCGCCGCCGCCGCCGCGCGGGAGUCGCUGUCCGCGGAGCCGACAUGCAGGCGGCGCGGGGCGGCGCGGGGCGGCCGGGCCGCGGGCCCGAGCGCAAGCGCGAGCGGCCGCCGGGCGCCGGAGUCGCGUCCCCCUGCGCCGCCCCCGGCCGGCCGGCCAGAGAAGAAGCCAUGCACCCCGGGCCACCGAGUGCCUGGCCGCCCCGCGCCCGCGCCGCGCUCUGCCUGUGGCUGGGCUGCGUCUGCUGCGCGCUGGUGCAGGCGGAAAGUCCCUCAGCCCCAGUGAACGUCACUGUCAGACACCUCAAGGCCAACUCUGCAGUGGUGAGCUGGGACGUCUUGGAGGAUGAGGUUGUCAUCGGAUUUGCCAUCUCUCAGCAGAAGAAGGACGUGCGGAUGCUGCGCUUCAUCCAGGAGGUGAACACCACCACGCGCUCAUGCGCCCUCUGGGACCUGGAGGAAGACACCGAGUACAUCGUGCACGUGCAGGCCAUCUCCAUUCAGGGCCAGAGCCCAGCUAGCGAGCCUGUGCUCUUCAAGACUCCACGUGAGGCAGAAAAGAUGACCUCUAAGAACAAAGAUGAGAUAACCAUGAAAGAGAUGGGGAGGAACCAACAGCUGCGGACGGGUGAGGUGCUGAUCAUUGUCGUGGUCCUGUUCAUGUGGGCAGGUGUAAUUGCCCUCUUCUGCCGCCAGUAUGACAUCAUCAAGGACAACGAACCCAAUAACAACAAAGAAAAAACCAAGAGUGCAUCAGAAACCAGCACACCAGAGCACCAGGGCGGGGGUCUUCUCCGCAGCAAGAUAUGAAAGCCUUUUCAGUGCUUGCUCUGAGCAGCUCAGAAGACAGUAGAGAAUGUGAGAGGAUUUCAUGGUUCUGACGAUGAUUAUCCAACAGACAUCUGGCCCUCUCUCCAUCUCCUUGUACCCUCUGGCUUACUGUCCGCUCUUCGCUUCUAUUUUUCUGGCACAUUUUCCCGGAGCCUCUUAUUAAGCCCCAUCUCCAGAAGCACCUCAACAAUGUCAGUGGCUGAGGCUAUGCUCAGAGGGAUGACUGCUGGGGGAACACUGGAUACCAGGGCCCAGAACCCACUCUUGGCCAUUCAACCGAGUGAGGCCAAAGGCUGGGUUUGAAAAGGCAGAGACGAGCUAUCCAUGCAGGGCUACUCUUUUCUUUGCACAGGGACAAGAGCCUGGCUUUUAGGCUGCAGCCCUGCUGCUCCCUUCCUUUUUCUGUCCUGUUUCCAGCCUUCAAAAAGUCUAUUCAAUUAGCCCUGGCCACUUCUCUCAUUUUUCUCCUCCCAGUUUCCAAACAAGCCUUCAGUGAACAUCAUCGAAGCGUGACUGCCUGUCUGCAGAGAGGAUGCCGUUUUUCUUCUCUGCUGCUUCCCAGGUGCAUGGACACAGGGAGAGGGAUGACUGCAGCAGUGGGGAGGCACAGCUAGCUGCACAGUUCUCCCUCUUCCCCCUGCGCUAGUCUGAUGAAAGGAGGCUGAACUAUAAACCCAAAUUCUGCAAAGAAAAAAAGGAAAAAAAAAAGCCACAAAACUAAAAGGCCUAGCCCCAUUCUGGAAAGGCAAAGCUGCAUGAGACACAGCCUUCUGCCUCCUCACCUCUUCUGGAGUGGCUUCCUCUUUGAGAAAGUGCACAAAGCUCUGGGAGAUGACAAGCACUAAGACUGACUCAAGCUGUGUCUUUCAGACAAGGAACAUCAGGGAAGCUGGGGGCUGCCUGCCAUGCAAGGUCAUUCAUGGCUUCCAUCAAGCCUUUUCUAGAUCCAGCCAUCAAGGACAUGUUUGUAGUGUGAUGCACACCUUUGCAAUUGUACAAGAUGUUAUCUAUUUUGUCUCUUUUGGAAAGCAAAAUUGGAGGGCUCCACUCCAGAGGGCAGAGGGAUUCCCUCAAGGACUGAGCUGGUCACCCCUACAGUCUGGGGUCUUAAGAAGACCUGGAAGGCAUUGGCCUCAUUUUUUUAGGAAGCAUCUUUUGGAGGUUCAGCAGUGUCAGUUUGAACAACUGAAAAGGCACAUCCACCAUUCUGGGGGCUGCUAAACCACCCACUGUGGAGUGGAAGCUGCUGGAAGACAGGCAGAACAGCCCUGCUAUCACCACUGGCCUCUGGGGUCUUCAUAUCCUGACAUCUCAUCUAGGGUUCUGUGAAAGGUACCAGGGUCCUCAUGUCCUUCCCUAGAGCCUGAGUGGUAUGAGAUGACAGGUCUCUCUCUCCACUGCCCCUUUCUGGUUUAAAAAAAAAAUGGUGCUUGAUGAGGGAAAGUAGACUCUUCCCUAGGACUGACAAGUUAUGGCUGCCAAAUCCCUGCAUGGGAAAAGGUAGACCACUGAAUCUUCUAUUUUGGUGGCUAAGAUGGAAGAGGGGGAGGACCGUUCCUAGCACAAGCCUGGCAUACAGUAGGCACUUGGUAAAUAUUUGUUGAACUGAAUGAUAAGAGCAUUGGCCCCUAAGCCAGAGAGCUGAAAGCCAUCAUCCAAUGACUGCCCUUUCUUUCCGGUCUACAUGAGCUCUCAAGGCUGGGCCCACCACCACUCUGCUUUGCUCAAGUGUGGCAGCACAGGGGAGAAUUGACAGGAUAAAGGGAGAUGUCAGUAAUACUAAGGGCUUCCUCAUGGGAGGGCAUGAAGCUCCACUCAUUGUCUUGUGACUUUCAUCCCUGCUGAACGGGGCUGCAAGGCCAAGGCUCCUUAAGGGAGAAGUCCUUACCUCUAAUCCAGUUAGAGCAAUAACCACUUUUUAAAUGUAAAAUAAAAAGACAAAUGAAAAGGCA